AUGGUAUCUUUUGAUGUCGUUUCAUUAUUUACAUCUAGCCCUCCGGACCUGACACGCAACGUUCUACGCAAACGACUGGAAGAGAAAUACGAUGAAUCGAGGGGUCGUCUAGAAAUUGACCAUCUAAUGCAUCUGUUCGUCUUCUGUCAAAGAAAUUGUUGCACAUUUAAUGUCCAAACAUACGAGCAGACCAAGGGGACGCCGAUGGGAUCCCCAAUUUCCAGUCUCAUCACAGAACUGGUCUUACAGGAGCUAGAAAAAGUCACCUUCGAUCAGUUUAAGCCGGCAUUAUGGUGCCGAUACGUGGACGACACUUUCGUUAUAAUUGAACGGAGCCGGCUAGCAGACUUCUAA